AUGGCUAUUCGCAUUCGCAGUCUACCAUACGUUAUACAAAUUUUCACUCGAAUAAUUGCUAGUUUAAGCAUUAUGUUGCUUAUGUCUUUUAUCAGCACAGUUCAUGGCCGACUUCUAAAAAUCAAUUCCUCUGAUGAUUUAAUCUCAGAUGGAAUUGAUCAUGUUGAUGAUCAAUCUGUAGCUCUUACUGCAAAUGAUGUUCUCGUGUCCGAAAGCACUUGCCAGCACACAUAUGGCUUCCUACCAUGUGCAGAAAAUCCUGGAGGAUACAUUUUCCAAAUACUGGUUUAUCAUGUAACUGGAGUUUUCGGUAGCAAAGAGAACGCUCAGUCUCUGGUGUCACUUGGAGUGGGUAUCUAUGCUGGAAUCACCGUCUUUACUCUCACGCUGCAGUGGGGUAUAUGUCUGAUUUUUGGCGCGAAAAAAUGGCUAGAUAAAUCAAAGACGUCCGAGCAUUCAGAAUCCCAAACUUCAUGUUGCUUGCAAGUCAAAGAAAAAUUCAAUGAAUUAAAAGAAACCAGAGUUAAACUUAACAAUGAAACUCGUCAAGUAGCUGGGAUUAUGCUUCUUUCUUUGAUUCCUUACAUCAUUGUGCAACUAGUCGAUAUCUUCGACACAUCCCACAUAGGUCUUUUGAUAGCGUUCGUAGUGUCUGCCGUAUCUUUACUUUCAUAUUUCAUCUAUCAGACUCUGAAUAAGUGGAUGCAGAAAUUAAGUUCAGAUUACAUGCAGUACGAGAUUUUAAGAGAAGCAUUUUUGAAACAUGUGGAACGGUGGGGAAAACUUAUUGAUGAGGAUGAUGGGAAUCCUAACUUUGCUCUCAUCAAAAUUCUAUUUGGUGAAACAGAUAAAGAUGGAGACGGAUAUAUAACAGGGCUUGAAAUGCAAAAGUUGUUUAAUAAAAUCAUGACAGAUAAUUCCAAAGAGGCCAUAAAUAAAGCUGUUGAUGAAUCAAUGAAAUUAUUUGAUUCCGACAAUGACAGCAAAAUCAACCAAACUGAGUUCACCAGAGCAUGUGUAUCGUUAGCUGAAAAAGGUGAUUUCUUUUCAACAGAACUUCAAGACGAGAACUUUCAACAGUUUAGUCAGAUGGAAAAAGAGAAAUUGGAAAUUGAUCCAAUAAUGUCGAAAAUUCUAAAGCACGCUGAAAGCCAACUACUAGAAGGACCACUUAUCCAGGAAGAUGGGAAACCAAACAUUGAGAGAAUCAACACCCUCUUCAGAAAGUAUGACAAUGACAAUAACAACAAGAUAUCAAGAGAUGAAUUAGAGAAAAUAAUCAAAACAGUCCAAUUCGAAAAUUUGCACCCAAAACCUGAGGAUGUGGUAAACAAGAUAUUUUUCAACUUCGAUAAAGAUGGUAGUAAUAUGAUUGAAAAAGAAGAAUUUGUCAACGGACUACAAAAUUGGCUUGGUAAAGCCAUUCGUGUUGCUAAAUGCUCUGAUAAGACUAAAAGUGUGGAUAAAUUUGACAAGAUUGUAUGGGAUAAAUUGGUUUAUGGCCACACUUUCUGGAAUUUUGUAAAAUGUGUAUUUAGAAUAGUGUUGGGUAUUGUUAUAUUGACCUUCAUUGGAGGACCUCUCACGACAAGUAUCCUAGAGUUAUCAUACGCCAUGAGUGUGCCUUCUUUCUCCAUCUCAUUUGUGAUAGUGCCAUUGGCACUGCAUGCAAGAACCUUAAUAGAAGCUAUCUUUCCAGCCAGUAAAAAGACUGAAAAAACGGCAUCUUUAACAUUCUCCGAAAUUUAUAGUAGCGUCGUAAUGAACAACAUCUCGGGUUUGACAACACUGUUAGCAGUUGUAUACGCGAAGGACUUGCCAUGGGAUUAUUCAGCAGAAGUGCUAACUAUUUUGGUGAUUGUUUCGUCAACUUGGCUGCGUAGAAGAUCAAAGAAGAAUUUGAAGAACGAGAGUUCUUGGGGAAGAUCUACGGGAGAUAAACUGUGUAAAGAGUCAGGAUUGGAGUUCGUGUGCUCAUUCCAGGAGGACUGUUUUACUAAGAAGAGUCAGGAUGGGUAUUGGUGUGCACAUUCCAGGAGGGCUGCUUCAAACUUCAGACGGGAGAUCAGAAAGCUUGUGUCGUCAACUUUGCUGGUAUUCUGUAAAGUUUAUCAACAGUUUAUAGUGGAUUUUUGA